GUUCAUCUGCAGAGCAAGGACUCUGCUGCAUAUGAGAGAGGGAGCAUGUGAGCGUUAGCUCUCUCUCUCUUAGCCGAUGUAAACUGAUCUAUGCACACCUAAACCUGCGCAAAUGCCUCGUGCACAGCCUACGUGCACUCGACUCCCGGGACACCGACGGCAGCUGGACGAAUCCGCCAGUCGACAGAAGUUUUUGAAGAACUGAGCAUCCCGGCAUUGCAGUUCUUCCUCCCGAUCCGGGGCUGUCUGGCUGGAAGCUCUCUCGCUUUCUCGCCCUCUCGCCCUCUCGCUCUUUUUUUCUUUGACUCACUCAACCUUCUGCACUGGAGCAAGGACCUGGGGCAGACGUACGCCUGCUCUGGCCCUCUCGAUGGGCAUCGGUUCCAGGCCCCGGGCACCUGUGUUUACCUCCCUUCCUCCUCUACCACCACCACCACCUCCACCAGCACCACAGCAACACCCACGAUGCCCCCGACGGACGGGCUUGGUGAGCGGGGGAAACCUGGCUAAGCACACGGGGAAACUCUUCCUUCACCAAUGAAAGGCUUCAAACUCGCCUGCACCGCCAGUAACUCCAACCGGAGCACGCCUGCAUGCUCGCCUGUCCUGCGGAAACGCUCCCGCUCCUCCACCCCCCAGCUCAGCCCCGACAACGAGAGCUACACCAUGGUGGAGAAGGGCUCGCUAGACCCGGCCCCCGACCGGUCACCCUCCACCCCCGAGCCCGCGGCCCAGAACCACCACCAGCAGCAGCCCCAGCAGCAGCAGCCGCCCCAGCAGACCCAGCAGACCCAGCAGACCCAGCCGCACCAGCAGCAGCCCCAGCAGCAGCAGCCCCAGCCCCAGCAGCAGCAGCAGCAGCAGCAGCAGCAGCAGCAGCAGCAGCAGCAGCGGGUCUACUCCCAGCCUGCCCAUCUCACCACCAACACCACCAGCUCCCGAAGUGGGGGCAAGAACACCAAGUCCCACAAGCGGCACACUAAAAAAAGCCAGAGCUGGUACAAUGUAUUGAGUCCCACCUACAAGCAACGCAAUGAAGACUUCAGAAAGCUCUUCAAAUCACUACCGGACACUGAGCGACUCAUUGUGGACUACUCCUGUGCACUGCAGAGAGAUAUCCUCCUGCAGGGCCGUCUCUACCUCUCUGAGAACUGGAUCUGCUUCUACAGCAACAUCUUCCGAUGGGAAACCCUGCUGAUGGUUCGCCUGAAGGACAUUUGCACCAUGACCAAGGAGAAGACGGCUCGGCUCAUUCCCAAUGCCAUCCAGCUGUGCACCGACAAUGAGAAGCACUUUUUCACGUCCUUUGGGGCGAGGGACCGCACCUACAUGAUGAUGUUCCGGCUCUGGCAGAACGCUCUCCUGGAGAAGCCCCUGUGCCCCAAAGAGUUGUGGCAUUUUGUCCAUCAGUGCUAUGGCAGCGAACUGGGGCUGACCAGCGAUGACGAGGACUACGUCCCCCCCGAUGAUGACUUCAACACCAUGGGGUACUGCGAGGAGCUCCCGGCCGAGGACAGCAGCGAGCACCACCCGGACGCAUGCAACACCCCGGCCAAGACCCCCCCUGACAUAGGCAACCCGGGAACCCUGCUGCUCCCGCAGGAGGCCUACAUCGGGGUGGACCACGACCGGCCUGGACUAGAAGCCCUUCUGCCUGACGAGCUGCCCCUGGGCUUGGUCGAGGAGGACCCCCCCACACCGCUCCGCGAGGGAGAGGUCCCGCCCCCUCCUCUGCUGGCCGAGGAGCAGGCGGACCAGCAGGACGUAGGUCACAGCCCGGCGCCCUCGCUCGACCUCGACGAGCACGAGGAGCUGCCCACCGAGCUCAGCGACUCCUCAGAGACCCACGACGAAGGCGAAGUGCAGGCCUUCCAAGAGGAUCUGCGGGGGCGGCAGUACAUCAACGAGGUGUACAAGUUCAGCGUGGACAAGAUGUUCAGCGUCCUCUUCACCGAGUCCCCCUUCAUGAGGGGCUUCCUGGAGCAGCGCCGGUUCUCUGACGUUGUGAAUCGUCCCUGGACUACAGAGCUGGAGGCCGAUCAGACCAGAGAGCUCACGUACAACGUGUCCCUGAGCAACCCCCUGACGCCCAAGACAGCCGCUGUCUCAGAGACACAGACUCUGUACAAAGCCAGCCAGGAGAGGGAGUGCUAUAUCGUGGAUGCGGAGGUUGUGACCCACCAUGUGCCCUACCACGACUACUUCUACACCCUCAACCGCUACGUCCUCACCAGGGUGGCCAAGCACAAAUGUCGGCUGAGGGUGUCAACAGAGAUCCGCUACAGGAAGCAGCCGUGGGGGCUGGUGAAAGGCUUCAUCGAGAGGAGCUCCUGGAGUGGCCUGGACGAAUACUUCAGACACUUAGAGCUGGCGCUGGCCAAGGCGGAGGAGGCGCUGUCGGAGCCCCUCCGGCGGUCGCUGCGGUCCAUGCCGGUGAGGACGGGCGCCGUGCGGCGCAGGAAGAGGCCCCCGCUCGCCGUGCUCCUCCUGGCCCCGGGCCUGGCCCACGAGGCCCUGAGGACCGGCGCCCAGCCCGAGGACGAGGACGAGGAGGAGGAGGAGGAGGAGGAGGAGGAGGAGGAGGAAGAGGACGGCGUGGCGGAGCAGGGCAUCCGGCGCAUUAAGCACGUGGCAGGCUCCACGCAGACCAGGCAUGUCCCGGACCGUGUGCCCGGGGGCGGGGCUGGAGGAGGAGGGGGGGGGGGCCUGGCGCUCCAUGGCGUCUCGAAGAUGCUGCUCCUCAUCAGCUAUGUGAUUUGUCUAAGCUUGGUGUUGCUGGUGUUCCUGAACAUGAUGUUGUUCUACAAGCUGUGGGGGCUGGAGUACACCGCACAGAGCCUCACCUCCUGGCGCGAUCUGCAACCACAGGAGAGCAAACCUCCCCAGACCAACCUUGAGUGGACGCAACUGUUGGAGUCCCAGCAGCGUUACCAUGACGACGAGCUCCAGAAAUGGAAGGAGAUCCUGGAGUCGUCCGUGUUGCUGCUGUACGAGAUGAAGAGCUCCCUACUCCACCUCCAGAACGACGACGGGGGGGCCACGGAGAGCCAGAGAGCAGAGGAGCAGGGGGGGGCCCCGGGCCCCUCGGUGCCACAGGUGUGAGGCCCCCAUCGCAAAGCUCCCCUCAGAAUGGCCCAAUCGCAAUAUCUCAAAAGGCACGCACGCCCACACACACACACACACACGCAUACACACACACACACACACACACACACACGCACACACACACGCAUACACACACACACACACACACACGCACACACACACACACGCACACAAACACACACACACACACACGCGCACACAAUCCACUCAGCCCUCGGCUGAUCACUCCACCCAUUGCACCGUCACAAUGAGAUGCUGCAUGCCUCUGCACCACCGGCAUCUCACAGGCUGAAAGAGGGAGCAGGAAGCUGCAGCGUUCGUCUUUGUCGCACAACUUCCUGUCUUCAAGUUUAUUUGGAGGAGGAGGGGUGGGGGCGGGGGGAAGAGGAGUGGGGCUGUGGGGGACGUUUUUUCAGCACACGCAGCAUCCAAGAUGGCGUUUGACUGGGAAGCAUGCAAUACACGUCAUCUUCACGGCUGUUGGUUUCACCGGAACAAAACGAAAGAGGCAGAACUUUUCCCCACAAGCUCCGGCUAUUAUACUGCAGUUGUAUUACUAGUAAUGCUAGUGUUCCCUCAACCACAUACAACAGGACUAUUCACUCCGCCGUCUGACUGCAUUACGUCAAGCUGAUCAUCCGUGGAGCGGAACGCAGUGACGACAAAGGCAGUAACCAUAAGUGUGUGUUUGUGCGUGUGCUUGUGCGUGUGGGCGCAUGCAUGUGAGUGUGCGUCUGUGCACGUGUGUGUAUGUGCGUGUGUAUGUAUGCCGGUAAGUGUAUGUUUGUGUGUGCGUGUGAAUGCCUGUGGGUGCAAUCGUGUUUGUGUCGGUGUGUGUGUAUGGGGGGGGAGGUUGUGUGUCUGUGAGUACACAUGCUCCUAAGCGUGAAUGCAUUAGCACCCGUACAUGAUCAUCUUAUCUUUGAUGGAAUUUUUAAAAGGAAGUGACUUGCAGUCAGGGCUACUUUUUAUAUAUUUAGGCAAUCUAGAGCUGGUCUCCCUGGUAGCCUAUGCCAGACUUGUUGCGUUUCUAUGUCGUCUGUCAUGUUUUUUAUAAGCCAAACAAACUACAACAACCAAACACAAACACAAAAUAGUCAAUUCUGUGGAUCAAGCUUUGUUUUUGUCAAGACAAUAGACUGGUGAGGGAGGAUUUGAAGCGGUAAGAAUGUAUCAGGCUUAGAAAUCAACUUUUCAAAUGUGUAGCCCAGAAAAAAUGAUUUUCCCUCCUCUUGAUGCCCUGGCCAGCAUAAAUUAUUGUUCCUGUAUUUUUAUUAUUUAAUUAUCAAAAACAUUUAAGUAUUCUACUGGCGUUUGAAGUAAAUAUCUAUGCUGUUUAUUUUCUGCUAUGAUUUACAUGUGAGUACAACUUUAUUGUGGGAAUGGUAAAAUUAAUCCAAUGGUAGCUGCCACGUCUGGAUGCUAAAAAAACAGCAUCUCUUGUUAGGAGCAUUGCAUCGUGAGCCUGUGGAACUUGUACGAGGAAUGAUUUAUCCCUUUAUCUGUAGGGGUCGGAGAGAAAACUUCACACCUACAUAACAUAUGUUUUGUGUUGAUAUUCUGUUUGACAUGUCAUCUGUUUUGUAUCAGAACAAGGAGUGGCUGACAAUAGGUUCUUCUUCUUACUUUUCCAACUCUAGUUGAUCAUACAUUUUGAAAGCCCUCUGCAGUCUCCUAGUAACCGUUGCUAAGCAGAAACCGCUUUCGGAGGAUGAGAAUCACAUUUUAGCAGCCGGGAUUUGAUCGUUUUCACUGGAUUCGCUUUUUCUAUCAUUCGUCUUUGUACUUUGUUGCCCAAAAAUAUUUAUUUAAUGAGUUUCAUUUCAUUUCAGGAUUUUUUCAUGAGACACUGAGCCACGUUUCUGAUUAAUGAUUAUAUGAUGUUGGGCUUAACUUUAUUCUGAUCUUAUUUUUGCUUGCAAAAUGUUGGCCUUUUCAUUUUGAUUUCCUCUUUAAUUAACAGCUCUGCCAAUGUAAACCAUACAAAAAUGUUCUACAGCGUUUCCCCUGGAGUGAGACCUACCAAAACAGCAUGUUCUCUUUGUGCUUGUAUUGAGGCAGAGCAAGUCUGUUAAAAUGUUAGCAAGCCAUACAUAUGAAAAGAUCAGUUGAUGAUAUCUUUUGACCAUUAAAGACUAUAAGCUGAGCGAGAGGCGCUGACUAAAAGAAAAACUUAAUCCACACGGUAUACAGAAGCAAGCUAUUCUGGAUGUUAUUAUCUGUGUAUGGUGACAUAAAAAAAGAAAAUGUGCAUUGAAAAGAAUAUAAGCCAACAGUAUUGUCUUUGGUGCUGCCAUCCAUCAUAACUACCGUUCAACGUCUGUCUUCCUCAAACAUGGCGGUUAUAUGCUUGUGCAUGUUGAUGUGUAGUCUAGCCAAGGCAUGGCCAAUCCUUCUGGUUUCUCUCUAACGGUCAGACGUUUGUUUCGUUGUUUUAAAAGAUCUGUCCGUGGAAACCAGCUAUGCCCAUUCUACCUGUAAAUCUACACACACUACAGCAAAUAACUGAUGCUAGACUAGACUAAACACAGGGAAGAUGAAAAGCUUGCUUAUUGAGAAGUAUUUCUUUAAAGACAUGUUUAGGUUCAGUUAAGAUUAAUGUAUGGCAAAAAAAACGACACUGUUACAAAUUUGAAACAUGAUCCGACAAUUAAAGGUAGGGCAGGCAAUUUGUAUAAAACAGCCAGAGUAACCCAAUAAAUCCCAACUCUCCCUUCUGGAGCCCCACCAAAGCCACUCCCUCAACACAUGGGAGUAGCUCUCUAGCUUUUGCAACAGGUCUGCCCAGCCUUGUUGAAGACUCCCGGUCCAGUGCAUUGAAUGCACGAGCAAUUAUUUCAUUGGGCCCAAAGAAACGAUCAAACAGGCAUAAUACAGGCCUGCGGCAGCCACAGUUACAGAUCUUUUUUUGGUCAGAGCAUUUGGCUUUUUUGAUUGAUGUCGGGAUGUAAAGGGAAUUUCAACAAAUAUGACAAAAAAGUGCUUCUAAAAUAAAUUGCCUACACUAGUUUUAGCACCGCAGCAUGUCCAUUUUUACUUUGCUCACUGCUAACAGGGACCCUUCACUGCGACUGCUUAGCUUUGGUGUUAAGCACAAUGCUCAUGGUGCUAAAUGGACCACCUUUUCUUAAUUAUUUGAAUACAAUUUCACUUUUGACAGUGACUUUUUUAUUUCAGUGUCGGUUUGGUUUUCUUCAUAAAACCCUAUUGGGCAAUGCUGGUAAAAAAAAAAAAAGAGUAUAUCUGUUAUAUGACAGGAUCUAUAGUAUAAUGGCAACUGCAUGGCUCUAAUAACUGCUAGCAAUAAGAAUAUUGUUGAAUUAAAUAUAAAUUAGGAAUAAUCAUGUAUAUAAUGAUGAUGUUUUUGCUGAGCCUUAUUGUCUUCCAGACUUGAAAUGCGUAGGAGUGAUUCGUUGGAUAAGCAAGCAUUCUUUUUUUCUUUUUUUUCAAUUCAACCAUUAAAAGUAAAAGCAGCAGCAUAAUUUGCCAUAAAUUCUCUACUCAGUUUCAAUAUCAAAUGUUUGCCAAAUGUCAUCAUUGAAUGUGAUGCUUCUAACAUAAUCACUUGAGUGCUUCAGAGAUGGGCAUAUGUAUUUAAGAUGUCACACUCAUGAAAAGACCAGAUAUCAAGAGCACUGUUUGAAAAGGCAUGCUUCCAUGACAAUCCCACGAGUCCAUCCAAGCACAUUCAUGCAAGUUGCACACGCAUAUACACACAGUACGCGACCAAACCACUUGGGUUUUCUUUUGCCAUAUGAUACCAUUCUCUGUAAUGUAGCAUUGUAUAUGUACUUGUGCGCCUGUACCUUGUAAGACCUAACCAGAGAUUUAAAAAAAAACGUAUUUUGAUGUGCAUAUAUGAAAUAUUUAUUUAAAUAUAAUAAUGUAAUGUAUAUGUUUGUGUAUAGUUCUAGUGAUAUGGACUCCUGGGUCUUAAACCAUGCGGGCAGUGGUUUAGGACAACAAUAACAGAAAUGUAUUCAAGAUGGUUAUGAUCCAUAAGAGGCUAUGCAAAAGCUGAAAAGUAGAGAUGGAAUGAAGAGUAAAAUACAUACAAUCUA